GGGCAGGGAGAGCCGGGCACUGCGGCACCGCGGGGCAGCCGGGAUGGGAGCGCAGAGCCUGGCCGUGGCUUGCGGGGCGCUGGCUUUGUGCCUGGCACUCGCCAGGGCCGCCAACCCCGGCUUUGUGGUGAGGAUCACCCAGGCAGGCUUGGACUAUGCCCAUCAGCAUGGGAUCGCAGUCCUGGAGAAGGAGCUGGCCCAGCUGAAGCUGCCGGACAUCUCGGGUGACUUCCGCGUCUGGCACGUGGGGAAGGUGCAGUACGAGGUCUCCAGGCUGUCCCUGCGUGGCUUCCACCUGCCCUACUCACGGGUCUCGCUGGUCCCCGGCGUGGGCCUCCAGGUCUCCAUCUCCAAUGCCUUCGCCGAGCUGGACGGGAACUGGCGGGUGAAGAUGCACUUCAUCCGGGACCACGGCUCCUUUGACCUGAGGGUGGAGAACGUCUACAUCAAAAUCCACCUGAGGCUGGGCAGUGAGGCCUCCGGGAAGCCCACCAUCGACACCUCCGCCUGCAGCACCCGCAUCUCCAGCAUCCGCGUGCACUUCUCGGGCAAGUUUGGGUGGCUUUACAACCUGUUCCAUAAAGCUAUUGAGUCCAGGUUCCGGAAGAUCCUGGAAAGCAAGGUCUGUGAGAGCGUGGCCAAGUCUGUGCGCAGCGAGCUCCAGCCUUACGCCCAGACCCUGCCAGUCACAGCCCAGCUUGAUGCCGUGGCUGGGAUCGAUUACUCCUUGGUGGCACCCCCAACUGCUACUGCGCAGUCCCUGGACGUGGACCUGAAGGGUGAAUUCUUCUCCCUGGCUCACCGCUCCGCCGUCCCCUUCCCUCCGCUGCCGCUGGCCUUGCCCCCGGACCACGACCGCAUGGUUUACUUUGGAGCCUCCAGCUACUUCUUCAACACAGCCAGCUUCGCCUACCACGCAGCCGGGGCGCUGGUCUUUGAGAUCACCAACUCCGUGAUCCCAAAGGGCGUUGAGUUCCACUUGAACACCUCCACCUUCUCAGCCUUCAUUCCCCAGCUGGAGGAGAUGUACCCACACAUGGAAAUGAAGGUCAGGCUGUCCGCCCCUUCCGCCCCAUUCCUGACCAUCGGACCGGAUGGGCUCUCCCUCAAGCCUGUUGUGGAUAUCCAGGCUUACACCAUCCUUCCCAACUCCACCCUGGCUCCCCUCUUCCUCCUCAGCCUGACAGGCAACGUGUCCGCUGUCAUCGACGUGAAAUCUGGCCACAUCGUUGGGAGCCUGAAGGUGGGCAGGUUGAAGCUCUCUCUGAAGCAUUCGGAUGUGGGCACUUUCCAGGUACGAAUGCUGCAGUCCAUCAUGAACGUCCUGGCUUCCAGCAUCCUGCUCCCACGUCUUAACGAGAGGUUAGCGCAGGGCUUCCCUCUGCCGCUGCCAGACAGGAUACAGCUCUCCAACAUCCUCGUGGGGUUUCACCAGAAUUUCCUGCUGCUCGGAGCAGACGUCCAGUACCAGCCCCGGGGACGGAGAUAGAGCCGCAAGAAGGACCUCGAGCACCAGCCCUGUUCCCUUCACCCCUUCCCUCCUCCCGCGCUCUGCUGCUGGCGCUGAAGACAUCAGCUCAUGUCCUGGACCGG